AGCCGCUCAGGGCCCGGGUAGGCGCGCUGCGGCCGCGAGGCGGAGAGGGAGGCAGGAGCUGGGGCUGCUCAGGUGGAGGGCGGCGGCGGCCGGACUCCUUCCUGCAGGAGACGCCGGACUGAAGGCCGGGGAAGCGAGCGCCAACCGGCUGGUGCCACCCACGCCCCGCCCCGCCCAGGCACCCUGAGCGCUGCGGGCCCCGAGAACGUGCCUCCCGCCCGGCGUUUGCUGCGGGAGCGCCGCUUCCCCGCGUCCUCCACUUCGAAGUGUGUGUGUGUUAGGACUGUUUGAAGCACACUUUAGCUAAUAGCCCAUAUAUAAUUUGGAAGAAGAUAUCUUCAGUGGAAGACCCUCGGGGGAUAAAUGGAAAGUCUGGAAUAAUGGUGGCCUCUUUACAGAAUUGCAUGGCUCUUGGGAGAAGUUUAUACUUUAGAAGCUUUUCCAAGCACAUGGCCCAAAGCAUGGAAUAUUUAUGAACUUCACUUUUAGAAGACACUUCACCAUUCCUGUACGUCGAAAGAAAAAUACUUGUGGCUGAUUGAGUAUUUGAAGGUUGAGGACAUACAUAUUUAUUAUAUUCAACUAACCCAAGCAACUUCUGGAUUUUUAAAGGUGUGUUUGCAGCUUGAGGUCGUCCUGUAGCUUUGGCAAAACGGUUUGCUUUCCUGAGGUGCUUUCUCCAGAAAAUGUCACUUACUUGGAUAUGAUAGCCAGAAGAUUUUUCUCAUCUAGAAGUAUUGCUUUCAUUAGUUAAAUUAAGGUGCAAAAAUCCUAAACCAGUUCAGAUGUUGCUGUUUUCUCAAGUUGCAGGUCUAUGGAAAUGCAGGAUCUAGCCAGCCCGCAUAGCCGACUAAGUGGUAGUAGUGAAUCCCCCAAUGGUCCAAAACUUGAUAACGCUCAUAUAAAUAGUAAUUCCAUGACACCCAAUGGCACAGAAGGUGACAUGACUCUGCUCAACACUGCAGACUGGUUGCUAAGUACUAGUACACAGACCACUGCAGUUAAAACAGAACCAAUGAGCAGCAGUGAGAUUGCUACGACUACAGCAGACGAGUCUUUAGACAAUUUCUCAGGAUCAGCAAUUGGAAGCAGUGGCUUCAGCCCAAGACAAACUCAUCAGUUCUCCCCAACACAGAUUUAUCCUUCCAACAGACCAUACCCACAUAUUCUUCCUACCCCUUCCUCACAAACUAUGGCCGCAUAUGGGCAGACGCAGUUUACGACAGGAAUGCAGCAAGCUACAGCUUAUGCUACAUACCCGCAGCCAGGCCAGCCCUAUGGAAUCCCUUCAUAUGGUGCAUUGUGGGCAGGCAUCAAGACAGAAGGUGGAUUGUCACAAUCACAGUCACCUGGACAGACAGGAUUUCUAAGCUAUGGGACAAGCUUUAGCACGCCUCAGCCAGGACAGGCACCAUAUAGCUACCAAAUGCAAGGGAGCAGCUUUACAACAUCAUCAGGAUUAUAUGCAGGAAAUAAUUCACUCACAAACUCUACUGGAUUUAAUAGUUCACAGCAGGAAUAUCCAUCUUAUCCUAGUUUUGGCCAGGGUCAAUAUGCACAGUAUUAUAAUAGUUCACCGUACCCGUCACAUUAUAUGACAAGCAGCAACACCAGCCCAACACCACCUUCCACAAAUGCAACAUACCAGCUUCAAGAACCACCAUCUGGCGUCACCAGUCAAGCAGUUACAGAUCCUGCAGCAGCAGAAUACAGUACAAUCCACAGUCCAUCAACGCCCAUUAAAGAUUCUGAUUCAGAUAGAUUGCGUCGCAGUUCCGAUGGAAAGUCACGUGGGCGAGGCAGAAGAAACAAUAACCCUUCACCACUGCCUGACUCUGACCUGGAGAGAGUAUUCAUUUGGGAUUUGGAUGAGACAAUCAUCGUUUUUCAUUCCUUGCUUACAGGGUCCUAUGCUAACAGAUAUGGGAGGGAUCCACCUACUUCAGUUUCACUUGGACUACGGAUGGAGGAGAUGAUAUUCAAUUUGGCAGACACACAUCUGUUCUUCAAUGAUUUAGAAGAAUGCGACCAGGUUCAUAUAGAUGAUGUGUCUUCAGAUGACAAUGGCCAAGACUUAAGCACCUAUAACUUCGGAACAGACGGCUUUCCUGCAGCAGCCACCAGCGCUAAUUUAUGCUUAGCAACGGGUGUGCGUGGAGGAGUGGACUGGAUGAGAAAAUUGGCCUUCCGUUACAGACGCGUAAAAGAAAUCUACAACACCUACAAAAAUAACGUUGGAGGUCUUCUUGGUCCCGCAAAGAGAGAAGCUUGGUUGCAACUUAGAGCAGAAAUUGAAGCUCUUACAGAUUCUUGGUUAACACUUGCACUGAAAGCACUCACACUUAUUCAUUCUAGGACAAACUGUGUGAAUAUUCUAGUAACAACUACUCAGCUUAUUCCCGCUCUGGCAAAAGUCUUGUUGUAUGGAUUAGGGGUUGUAUUUCCAAUAGAAAAUAUUUACAGUGCAACUAAAAUAGGAAAAGAAAGUUGUUUUGAGCGAAUAAUUCAAAGAUUUGGAAGAAAAGUAGUGUAUGUUGUUAUAGGUGAUGGUGUGGAAGAAGAACAAGGAGCAAAAAAGCAUGCCAUGCCAUUUUGGAGGAUCUCAAGCCACUCUGAUCUUAUGGCCCUUCAUCAUGCCUUGGAACUGGAAUACUUGUAGCAGCUUAGCAGCACUUUGAAACUCCAGAACCUCCCUUAUGCCCAUGGACAGUAUGCCUGUGUCUUGUGUCAGCAUUGGACUACAGAAUUUUGUGAUUUCAACAUGUUGAUGUACAGCUGCAAUUGGUCUUAACCUUUGCCCUUUCAGUAAAUGGAGGAGCAUGCCUUUUUCUUCAGAACAGCUGUUGACUCUAGUAUUGCGAAUCCAAUGAAAACAAGCCAUGAGAAUGUUUUAACAGCGUGUUUUACCACAUUUGAUACAAAAAAAAAAGGUUCAUACCUGUGAAGAAAGAAAGGACCUGCAAAUGCUUUGUAGUUUUUAGAAUCUUCAAUGUGACACACACAGCUUCUUCAACACAGCAAACUUGAUUGCACAAUGAAGACUGAAUUUUUCAAAAUACCAGUGGAGUAAUUUUCUUGUAAAGAAGGUUUACUUUUUUGGUUUCUCAUACCCAGGGUACUCUGUACAUCUUUACUUAUUUAUGAACAGACUGUGUUUUGACAUCAUAUAACUGAGGAUACGUAUGAUAAGAUUAAAGGCUAUUUAUAAGCCUUUGUCUCAUGAUACAGCAAACACUUUUGAUUUUAGCACAUUGCAAAGUAGUUUAAAGUAUGUCUAAUUUAAACAAAUAGGUACAUCACUGAGACAAUCAUGUACAGGAAGAAUUUUUUGUGUAAAUUUGUAAUAAUGGAUGAUUCUUUUACAUAUUGUUUAAGUAAAUGCUAUUGAGAGGUAGUAAUGCCUUGUUGGUGAAGUCUGAGGCAAUGUGUACACAGCUAUUGUGCAGUGCCUUAUCAGAGUGUUGGGUAUAAAUAUGUAGAUAAUGGAUUUUUUAGAUAAAUUUGUCACGACCAAAA